CCGUCCAGUGGCGUAACUAUGGAGGGUACGCUCCAUAGGCGUAGCAUCAAAAAGCGAGUAACCAUGAUCCAAAUAUUGACGUUGACUGUUUUACAAUUUUGAUAAUGUCAAAUUUCGUUUGCCGAUGAAAAUUCUCAGUGCGAUUAACAGAAAUGAGUGGAAGAGAAAAUGCGGAAUUUAAAAAUGCGCUACGGGACAUAGCCACCCAUGCACAUUUUUUGAGCAGCCCUUUUGAUCGCGUUAGAUGUGCUGAAUGGGUGCGAAAACUGAUAUCCCUUCCUGAUGAUAACCUAGAUACUGCAAAAAUUAGGAACGAAUAUGCUCAACUGUUACGAAUUCAAGUGAGAAAUCGCUUAAUUCACGGACCUUUUGCUUCACCACCACCCGAUAGCAAUGUAGGGUUAUGUUCGCUUCCAGAAGCUUUAGGCUCUAUGAUUGGACAACAGAUACCGUUUCUACCAAGAACUGGGCGUAUACAGCCAGUUUUGCACCACAAAUCCCCCGAUGGCAGAGCCUACAUCUCAGCAAAACAAAUUCCAGGUGGAGGAGUUUUUGUCUACAUGGCUGUCAGUCCAGAUGGUUUAGAAUGAUGUGAAAAAUCACCAUAAGUCACUAGUGAAAAAACUUGUAUAUCAUAAAGUUCAUUUUAUUCAAUAACACCAACGAAACAUUACAAGCAAUAAAAAUAGGAAUAUGCAAAAUAUAAACUAUUUAAUAAAGAAAUAUUUCAUAA